GCACUUUGACAUCUUAUUAUUAUAUUAUUGCUGCCAUUUCAAACCCCAAGAGCCUAUAGCCAGCUAGCUACCAUGGAGGUCCAAGUCCUCUCUAGAAAAUUCAUAAAACCCUCAACUCCAACUCCAAACCAUCUCAGAAUUCACAAACUAUCAUUCUUUGAUCAACCGGCUCCUCCAGUUCAUAUUCCCUUCCUCUUCUUCUACCCAUCUGAUGGAAUUUCCACCGCCAAUGAAAAGCUACAAAAGCUACAAAAAUCCCUAUCAGAUACCUUAACCCUAUUCCACCCUCAAUCGGGGAGGUACAUAAAAGAAGAGCUCAUGGUAGAUUGUAGUGACCAAGGGGUUGAAGUUUUUGAAGCCAAAGUGAAUGUUCGACUCAAUGAGUUGCUCUCUUUACUCCCUAAAAGACUCGAGCUUUUGAACCAUUUUGUGCCAUGGGAUAUAGGGCUUACUGUUUUACCAACUACACCUAUGGUAGCAUUUCAAGUCACGGUUUUUGAAUGUGGUGGACUAGCCAUUUGUACCCUUACUUCCCACGUGGUAUCUGAUGGGUUCGCCCGGACGGCGUUUAUUAACGCGUGGGCGACUGCUAGUCGGUUGGGAAUCGAGGAAGUGGUCCGGCCGAGGUUUGAUCUUUCCUCUAUCUUCCCGCCGAGAGAUAAUAUUGCCAGGGAGAUUGUAAAUAUUCCGCCACCAAAGUUUAGCGGCAGCGACUUCAAGGUUGUUACUCGGGUGUUCUUGUUUGAUGCAGCGAAGAUAGCGGAAUUAAAGGACAAACUUGGUGGUUCUGGGGAAGAACGGAAGCCUAGUAGGGUGGAGGUGGUGAUAUCGGUUGUGUGGAAGGCUCUUGUUUUAGCCGCUCGAGCAAGGAAUGAGGGGAAGCUGAGGAAUUCUGUUUUGGCCUUAACCUUCAAUUUGCGAGGUAGAACAGCCCUACCCAUGCCAGAGAAUCUUGCCGGAAACUUUUUCAUUGAGACUCCAACAAAAUACGAACCAGAACAGAACACCACGGAGCCGAACCAUCACCUCUUGCUACAUCUCAUAAGGGAAUCCGUAAACACCUUUCUCGCAACCUUUGGAAAACUCUCCGACAGCGACGAAAUUACCUCGGCCGCAGUGAAUUUCCUCAACCAAGUGAGAAAAUUUAUACUGGACGAGGAAGUGGACGUGCACCAUUUCACAAGCAGGUGCAGAUUCCCUCUUUAUGAUUCUGAUUUUGGUUGGGGGAAGCCUUGUUUGGUGACUCCCGCUUGUGCGCCCCUGGAAAUUGUCGCUUUGAUGGAUACUAAGUGCGGGACCGGAAUCGAAGCUUGGGUCAGCUUGAACGAAACUCAAAUGCUUGAAUUGGAAAAGGAUCCUGACAUUUCGGGGUUGGCCACUUACUCAUGUUCUACCGACGGGAAAUUUCUUUGGUAGCUAGUCCCGGGGCAUUACUGUCGCUUGUGCACGUUAUGAUUCGGACCAAUUAGAGAGCGUGCGACGAUUGAAAAAGGUUAUCCAGAUGAUCAGCUCUACCAAUUCGUGUUUGCAUAUUCGGUAAUAAAAUCCUGAAGUAUAUUAAUAAGUACUAAGUUGGAACUAGCUAAGGACUUAUGUAUCGAAUUAAGUUCGCAUGUUUUUAUAUUUCAGUGCAUUUUUUAGUCACGUGAUGAACAUGUCCUGUUAUUCGGACGUGUUCGUGUGAUUGAAAAUGCCUUGGAAAAUGUGCUAAUCCAAAUCUCGUAUUGGUGAUUAUUAUUAUUUUAAAUAA